UGCACUCACCAUGGCUCGCUGGGAGAUCCUGUGCUUUGCCUUGUGCUCCUACCUCGGGGUAGCACGGGCUGCAACCCUGGGUGUGGUGUACACCGAGGGAGGUUUUGUGGAAGGCGAGAAUAAAAAACUGGGACUCUUUGAGAACUACAUUGACAUCUUCAGAGGGAUCCCCUUUGCUGCCCCUCCAAAGACUCUGGAAGACCCCCAACCUCAUCCUGGCUGGGAUGGAACAUUGCAGGCAAAAAAAUUCAAAAAUCGCUGCAUACAGAUGACGCUUACACAAACUGAUGUCCGCGGCAGUGAGGACUGUCUCUAUCUGAACAUCUGGAUCCCUCAAGGAAGGAGACAGGUCUCUACCAACCUGCCAGUGAUGAUCUGGAUCUACGGUGGCGCCUUCCUUGUAGGAGGGAGCCAGGGAGCCAAUUUCCUCGAUAACUACCUCUAUGAUGGUGAGGAGAUUGCUGUGCGGGGCAAUGUGAUCGUGGUGACCGUCAACUAUCGCCUGGGGCCCCUUGGCUUCCUCAGCACUGGAGAUGAAAACUUGCCAGGGAACUAUGGACUGAAGGACCAGCACAUGGCUAUUGCCUGGGUGAAGAGGAAUAUCAAGGCCUUUGGGGGUGACCCAGAAAACAUCACCAUCUUUGGGGAAUCAGCUGGUGCUGUCAGUGUCUCCCUGCAGACGUUGUCCCCAAAGAACAAGGGCCUGUUCAAGAGAGCCAUCAGCCAGAGCGGUGUGGGUCUCUGCAGCUGGGCCAUCCAGAAGGACCCGCUCGCCUGGGCUGAAAAGCUUGGAGAAAAAGUGGGCUGCCCCAUAGACAACACCACUGCCUUGGCCCACUGCCUGCGCGUCUCUGACCCCAAAGCCGUGACGCUGGCCUACCACCUGCAUCUGACCAACCUGCCCUCUCCCCUGGUUCACACACUCGCCCUCACUCCUGUCAUCGAUGGAGACUUCCUCCCAGACAUGCCAGAGAACCUCUUUGCCAACAGCGCUGACAUUGACUACAUUGCUGGGGUCAAUAACAUGGAUGGACAUAUCUUUGCUGGCAUUGAUUUACCUGCUAUCAACCGCCCGCUUGUCAAAAUCACUGCGGACGAGAUCUAUAAUUUGAUCAAAGGACUUACUGUGGACAGGGGUGAGCGUGGAGCCAAUGCAACAUACACAGUCUACACACAAGCAUGGGGAGACAACCCAGACCAGGAGGUCAUGAAGAAGACAGUGGUGGACCUGAUUACUGACUACAUCUUCCUGGUUCCCACGCAGUGGGCACUGAAUCUGCACCUGCAGAAUGCCCGGAGUGCCAAGACAUACAGCUACUUGUUCUCUCAACCAUCCCGAAUGCCCAUCUACCCACGCUGGGUAGGGGCAGACCAUGCUGAUGACCUGCAGUACGUGUUUGGGAAACCCUUCGCCACCCCCCUGGGCUACCUGCCCAAGCACAGAACUGUCUCAAGCGCCAUGAUUGCUUACUGGACCAAUUUUGCCAGGACAGGCGACCCCAACAAAGGGAAUUCAGAGGUGCCUGUUAACUGGCCGCCCUACUCCAACGAGGGCACUUACUACCUGGAAAUCAACAACAAGAUAAACAAGGACUCUGUGAAGCAGAAUCUGAAAACCCGGUAUGUGAACUUCUGGAACUCGGUCUAUCGGAAUCUGCCGCAGGUUGCCAACAUCUCCCUGACUGAGGAACUGCUGUGGAGCUAAAAUAAACCCACCUUUUAAAGCUAGGCUCGAUUAAUUAAAAACUUGCUUGUAACU